UAUUUCAUAGUAUUCACACAUCAGUUUCCACCAAAGUACACUCAGUCCAGCGUUCAAAAAGAUAUUCUUUUUUGUCAUUCAACAAUCAAAAAUGUUCACAAAGAUUCAAAUCUUCCAAAAUAUUCAAUAUUCCAACUUGUAUAAACAAACCAACCUCCGCGUUUUCAAGUAAGCGUUAACGAUCCCAAGUCCCAACCCAAAAUCUCUCUCUCUCUCUCUCUCUCUCUCACACUCUUUGUUGUGCACCUUUUUUAUCUUUUCAGAAUAGGUUGUUGCAAUUGUCUGGGUUUGUGGAUUGUGAUUCACUCAAUCACUAAGAAAUUAUAAAAGGGUAUUGUUUAUUUCUUAGAAUUGUGUGUUGGAGCUGUGACUUGGAAGGGUGUUGAAGGGAUUUAGUGGGUUGCAUUCAAAAACUGUUGUAGAUAGGGGAAUUGGGUUGAGUUGAGUUAUAAAGAUUUGUAAUUUGAUCUUCCUGUAAUAAGACAUAGGCAUGAUUGAAAGGAAAAACAUGGGGCGUGUGUCUCCAAUACUUUUGGCGCUUUUGUCAUUUGGGUUUUUCUUUGCAACAUAUAAUUUGUUGACUAUGAUAAUACACAACAAAGCUUCCAAUUUGGGGAGUUGGGAGUCGAAUGGAUUGGACUCUUCAGGGGAUUUGAAACCGAAAUACCAUGUUGCUCUUACAGCAACAGAUGCUCCUUAUAGCCAAUGGCAGUGUAGGAUUAUGUACUACUGGUAUAAGAAGACAAAAGACAUGCCUGGAUCAGACAUGGGAAAGUUUACCCGGAUUUUGCAUUCUGGGGCUCCAGACAAGUUGAUGAAGGAGAUUCCAAGUUUUGUGGUUGAUCCUCUUCCUGAGGGCUUGGAUAGGGGUUAUGUUGUUCUAAAUAGACCAUGGGCGUUUGUGCAAUGGCUGGAGAAAGCAACAAUUGAAGAAGAAUACAUUCUAAUGGCAGAGCCUGACCACCUAUUUGUAAAACCUAUACCUAACUUGGCAUAUGGAAGCCAACCAGCAGGAUAUCCUUUUUUCUACAUUAAACCAACUGAGCAUGAGAAAAUAAUUAGGAAAUUUUAUCCUGAAGAAAGUGGUCCUGUGACUGAUAUUGAUCCAAUAGGAAAUUCUCCUGUAAUCAUCAGAAGGUCCAUGCUGGAAGAUAUUGCUCCCACAUGGGUGAAUAUUUCCUUGAGAAUGAAAGAUGAUCCAGAGACCGAUAAGACUUUUGGAUGGGUGCUUGAAAUGUAUGCAUAUGCUGUAGCAUCUGCAUUGCAUGGUGUGCGGCAUAUUCUUCGCAAAGACUUUAUGCUGCAGCCUCCGUGGGAUUUGGAAGUGGGAAAGAGUUUCAUUAUCCAUUAUACUUAUGGAUGUGAUUAUAAUUUAAAGGGAGAACUAACAUAUGGAAAGAUAGGAGAAUGGCGUUUUGACAAGAGAUCAUUUCUUAGUGCUCCCCCACCAAGAAAUCUCUCCUUACCCCCUCCAGGGGUUCCUGAAACUGUGGUUAGACUUGUGAAGAUGGUGAAUGAGGCUACAGCAAAUAUUCCUGGGUGGGACACGUUAACGAGUGGCUCAGGCCAAGAAUAACACAAUAAGCCUGUGGCCACCUGAAGAAAACCAUCAAUACAAAUUACACUUAACAAAACGAACAGUAUAGGUAAAGAAAAGGAAUGUCUGGAUGAAUUAAAUAACAGAUCUUUCUUUAGCAAUGAAGUAUAAGCAUGAAGGGCACUAAUUCUUUUGUAUACAUAUAUGUUAGAUUACUAGAUGAGUUUUGAUUUCUACAUUGAAAGUUUUCAGCAUUCAGAAUUUUGUGUGCCCUUGGCGUUCAAGAAACAAAUUUUAAACAAAUCAGCCUUGUUA